AUGCAGAUCAGACCGAGUUUUCACUGUAAUUCCUCCAGGUACCAAACAGACACAAAAUUUUACGACAAAUAUGACCCAAAGGAGAUAUUAGGACGAGGUGUGAGCAGUGUAGUUCGCCGAUGUGUGGACAAACGGACUGGCCAGGAAUGUGCUGUAAAGAUCAUAGACAUCACACCGUCAGACAAAAUGACAUCUGAAGAGAUACAAGAAAUCCAGCAGGCCACUGUGAAAGAGAUCGACAUUCUUCGAAAAGUGUGUGGACAAAAAAACAUAAUUCAACUGAAGGAUUGUUUUGAAUCAAAGGCCUUCUUCUUUUUGGUAUUUGAUCUGAUGAAGAGAGGCGAACUCUUUGAUUACCUCACAGAAAAAGUCACACUAAGUGAGAAAGAGACACGAAAGAUAAUGCGAGCUCUUCUGGAGGUGGUUGAGUAUCUUCACACCCACAGUAUAGUCCACCGUGACCUGAAACCAGAGAACAUUCUGUUAGAUGAUGAUGUGAAUAUCAAACUCACUGACUUUGGCUUCUCAAUCCAGAUUGAGCCCGGACAAAGACUGAAUGAGGUUUGCGGGACACCAGGUUACUUGGCUCCAGAAAUCAUUGAGUGCUCCAUGGAUCCCAACAGUGCUGGCUAUGGACCUGCUGUUGACCUGUGGAGCGCAGGAGUGAUCUUCUACACUCUUCUGGCUGGAUCGCCACCUUUCUGGCACAGGAAACAAAUGCUAAUGCUUCGAAUGAUUCUUGCAGGACAAUAUGAAUUCAGCUCUCCGGAGUGGGAUGACCGCUCGGACACUGUCAAAGACUUGAUUUCCAGGUUAUUAGUUGUGGACCCGCAAAGUCGUUAUACAGCCACAGAAGCUCUCAAUCACCCAUUCUUCCAGCAGUAUGUGGUUACAGAAGUUCGUGAUUUCAGCCCUUACAGGAAAUUCAAGGUUAUUGCUAUGACCGUUCUUGCUGCCAUGCGUAUCUACUGCAACUAUCGUCGUGCCAAACCUGUCACCAAGGAAGUGAUCCGCAGCGACCCGUAUGCCAUCAAACCUCUACGCAAGAUGAUCGACGCAUGUGCCUUUAGGAUCUAUGGCCACUGGGUGAAGAAAGGGCAAACUCAGAACAGAGCAGCUUUAUUUGAGAACACUCCAAAAGUCAUUCUGCUCUCUAUUGCAGCUGAGGAGAUGGAUGCGCUACCCAGGACUUGGUGAGGCUACAUCACCUCCAUUUACUAGCAGAUACCACAAUUUACCUCAAGAACAUGUUGAUAACGGUCCAAAAAUACACCUCUACUACUACUACGACAGUAUAUUUCCCUCCUUAUUUACAUAGUGACAAGGAAAUGAUAAGUACAUUUUUUUCAGGGGGCUUUUAUUUCCUUUUCAAUUAAAAAAACUACAACUGAGACCUGAACUAUUUAAUAUGUGUACUAUUAUUUAAUCCAAUAUUAUCCAAUAAAUUUUUAUUCAGUUUUGAAUAUAUGAUGCAAUUUUUUUAAAUGUGUAACUAAAUAACUUUAAUGACCAUAAAGAUAGGCUAAAACAAACUCAUUUCACAGUAUUUUGUGUAAAAAGGCAGAUGUAACACUGACGUCCUGCAUGACAGAAUAUAAAAACACACAUUUUUAUUUAUCAUAUUCUCAUAAGCUGCUUUGGACAACAGCUUCAGAAAUGACUGACCAAUUUGGGGUCAAAUGGCAAUGUUACAAAAAGCAGCUAUAUAAUAAAUAAUAGCCUAAAACAAGAUGACUUUGAAUAAUAUGAUUGUAACAGGAU